AUGGGAAAACGCUUUCCUAUUCCGAGUAAAGAACUCCCGAAGCUCCAUGUGAAUCAGCAGGAGCACGACGAUAGCAAAGAGCUCAUGACAGCUCUGCUGGCGCACACUCUGCGCGAGUUUGAGCAUUUCGCGUACGAUCGCAACGGUAUCGUCGACUCCAAACGUUGGAAGCCGCAGCAUUCGCACGAAGACAUGAACAUGUACCGUGAACGCGACGUGGGCAUCAUGAGCAAAGAGCUGAAUAAGACUUUGCACAACUGCAAUAUGAGGAGCCCUGUCUUUUCGUGCACAUUGGAAGCCUUGACAUCAGCCACCGUCAUGUUGACCGGGUGCGGCCCCGGUCGAGUAGAAGACGCCAUGAGUGCAGUGGUCACCGAGAGUCAGCAGGAUCUGUCCCUGGUUGUCACCUACAUGCACCACGACGUAGCCGACUGCGCUGUGGUGCACACGAUGGAGCACCCGAGUGACGAUACACCGUACCACUACUUAGGCUACAAGUACUUUACACGGACGGGCGAGACUUUGGGCUUCCACGUGAUGCAGUCCGUGGAUAUUACCGAGUUCCCCGACUUGACUGUCCACAACUCGAUCCGCGCACUGCAAAGCUCCCGGUAUCUCUACCGACAGAAGAGUGACCGAGUCGUCGAGGUGUUCAUGCUGGGCAAUAUGGACUUGUCCGGCAUGAUCGUCAAGCCCAUCGCCAGCAUCUUCUCGACCGGCGCGCAGUUCGGUGUCACCCGAUUACUCGACUUGGCGGAGGUGAGGCGACUCACACACAUGGCAAGGAACCGCCGGCGCUACCGUGUUUGUCCACGUUGCCGCUUUAUGAAGCGAGUGUGGGUCAGUGAUAACCUCGGUAUCAUGGGUAGCUUCCGCAAGUUUCAAGUGUGUUCUAAGUGCGUCAUGUGCGCCAACACAGGUACGUACGAGCCUCCAGCCGAGCGUGCGCGGUUACAGAGGUCGCAUCAAAGCAGCGUCAUUACAAACCCAAGCGAUGGCGAGCUCUCGAUAAAGAUGCCCCCGACACCUGAGACCCCAAUCAUGGGUCGAACCUUCGUGCACCAGGGUGUUACGAACUACCCAGAUGCCGUCGAGUUCGCUGGGCCUUGCACGUCUCCUGAGUUUGAGCUCACCAGUAUGGCUGAGUCCACGUCCUACAAGACGCAAGCGAACGGGGUCUAUCUUGCACAGCAGAAGCAGAUGCAGCACCAGUUCACGAUGCCAGUGGCGGCCGACUGCAGGAAGUGUGUGCGGACGCCCCAACCAUCGUUUGAACCAUGA